UCUUCUGCCGACUUGUCGCUGCAGUCAUGGCGCCCGUCCGCUCGGUUGUAGCACUCGCUUACGGGAAGGUGUUUUAAUGGCUCCCCGUAUCGCUGACGUCUGUUGACGCGGGCACUUGCGUGCCAGUGACUAGCUUGGAACUUUCUGCAGAGCGCGGCAUAAAGUCGCUCUCGGGCUUCAUAACACACCGCAGCGGUUUGCUUUAUUUAGAGAUGCGCUUUUGAUCAGGAUCUCAUGGGGGAAUUAGACUUUAAGACACCCGUUAAGUAUUUGCAACAUCACUAAAAAAACUAUCCAUAUCUUGUGAUGGAGCUUUUGUUUAGUAGAAACAAGCCCGCUUAUAAAUACCGGCACAGUCUUAUGUAUUUUGACAGAUAAGUCUUGAAAUGAAAUCAAAGACAGUUUUUUUUUAUUUAGCCUGUUAGCUGCUGUAGCCUUAGAUUGUUUGUUUUAAAUGCGGACUUUUAACAGACAAUAUUAUCGAAAAUGUUGCAUCAACAGUGGCAAUGGAAGAGGUCCAGCAGAAUAACAGAAAUGGCUCUGAUCAAACUGUUGCCAUCCCCACAACUAUAACUGCCUCUCACAUAUCACAGAUAGCACAGAUGUCCCUGGGUGGGAAUCCAGUGACUGUGGUUCAGCUGCCCAGCGGUCAGUUCCAGGUUCAAGGUGUGAUUCAGUCAGCGCAGUCAUCGGUUAUCCAGUCUCCACUGGCACAAGCACAGGGUCAAGGAUCGGAUAGUGAUGAUUCUCAGGAUUCAAGCGACAGUGGAGCAUCUAACCAGAAGUCAAGAGAGAUCUUGGCUCGGCGUCCAUCCUACAGGAAGAUUCUAAAUGAUCUAUCAGCUGAGGAAGUGGCGACUCAGAACGAGGGAGAAGAGGACUGCUCCACCUCUUCUGCCAUAACAAGCGUUUCACUUCCUACCCCAAUCUACCAGACAAGCACUGGCCAAUAUUUUGCGAUUUCAUCCAAUGGCUCUCUGCAGCUGGCCAGUGCUGGUUCAGAGGGUGUACAAGGCCUGCAGACUCUCACCAUGACCAACUCGAACCCAAACCAGCCAACUAUACUGCAAUACGCUCAGACCGCCGACGGACAACAGAUUCUGCUGCCUAGUAACCAGGUGGUGCUCCAAGGUGCAGGGGGAGAAAUGCAAGCUUAUCAGAUCCGCUCUUCUUCCUCCUCGCUGCCUCAGACCGUCGUCAUGACAUCACCCGUUAUCAGCUCUCAGGGCAAAAGCGAUGACCCGCAAAUGAAGAGAGAGAUACGCCUGGCGAAGAACAGGGAGGCAGCCAGAGAGUGUCGCAGAAAGAAAAAGGAGUACGUGAAGUGUUUGGAGAACCGUGUGGCUGUCCUGGAGAAUCAGAACAAGACUCUUAUCGAAGAGCUCAAGACAUUAAAGGACCUGUACUGUGUUAAAACUGGCUAGACAUCCAUACAAUCGUGCUAAUGGGACUUUGCUGGCAGACCUACGUGCUUAUACAAACACAGACACAGGGACUUU